GACGGUAGACGGAGGGGGAGCGCGAGAGAGGAGCGACUGCGCAGAGGUGCCGCCCCCCUCGCCUCACACUUGAGUGAGCGCGGGGGAAAGUCGGCCCGGGCUAGCCGGCGGCCUCUCACUCGGGCCGGCGGGCGCUGCUGCUUGUUUAUCCCCCCGUCAGCCAGGACGGGGGGAUAGCAAGGAGGAUGGCGGAGACGGCGGGACUGAGCCUUCAGGCGACGGCAGCGGCACCCUCCACGGUGGCGGCGGCAAGAGCCUGCCCCGUGGCCGGUGGGAUCACUCUGAGGGACUCGCCGCGGUGGAGGCACCGCCGCAGCCCCGGCGAGGGUUGCUAAGCGCAGCCCGCUUCUUCCCUCUUUUUUCCCGCCCCUCGGCUUGUACAGGCGGGCGGUUGGCUGUCCUCCACCUGGCACGGACGGCGGGAGCCCCAGCGAGAAGAAGGGGGGGCAGUACGAAGAGGAGGAAGAAGGCGCGGGAGCAUGGGCGCCAAGCAGAGCGGCCCGGCCGCCGCCAGUGGCCGCACUCGGGCUUACUCCGGCGGGGACUUACCUUCGAGUAGCAGCGGCGGAGGUGGCGGCGGCGCUAACGGGACCGGCGGCCGGCCGAUAGGUGGCGGCGGAAGGUACACGCACCUGGCCUCGGGUGCACACCACGCGGGGCCCGGCAGCUCUGCGGCGGCCGCGGCUCCUCCGGUGGCGGCGCCCCGGAGCAGGUCUCUGGGGGGGCCGGCCGCCUCUGGCGCUCGAGCCGCGCACUCUGCCUUCAACAUCCCCAACAGCAGCGGCCUCUACGGCUCCCAGGACUCGGUCAACAGCACCCCGGAGGAAGGCGGGCGGGAGCGGCCCGGUGCGGGCGCCGGCGGCGGCGGCGGAGGAGGAAGCCAUGGCGGCGGGAGCGGCGGGCCCCGGCUGGUCAUCGGCUCCUUACCUGCCCACCUUUCGCCUCACCUGUUUGGAGGAUUCAAGUGCCCUGUUUGUUCCAAGUUUGUAUCUUCAGAUGAAAUGGAUUUACAUCUUGUGAUGUGCUUGACAAAACCAAGGAUAACCUACAAUGAGGAUGUGCUGAGUAAGGAUGCUGGGGAGUGUGCAAUAUGCCUGGAAGAGCUACAGCAAGGGGAUACAAUAGCACGAUUGCCUUGUCUAUGCAUAUAUCAUAAAGGAUGCAUAGAUGAAUGGUUUGAAGUAAACCGAUCUUGUCCUGAGCAUCCCUCAGAUUAAUGGUGGAGGUUUCUGUUUUAUAGUCUCUUACACUGAUUAACACAUGUAAAGGAUUUGAAAUUUCAUCUUCAGGAGCUGAUUUGAAAGUGGACUUGUGUUCAUUUUGGACUGGAAAGGGAAUGUUGCACAGACCACAUCCUGCAUUGUCCCAAGAGUUCGCCUAAAGGAGACACAGGGAUUCUGAAAAUGCUGCACAUUCAGGAACAAUCCUCUUCCUUUAUGGACUUUAUGGACAACAUUUUGUAUCUACAGGCCAAAGUUACUAAUUUUCAGUUUUAAUUUUUUAAAUGCUAUCUAGAGAAGCAGGAUGUUGUCGCAUUCUUUUUUUAAUUGAAGCUGUGUACUCUAGAUCAACGUUCUGGAACAUUUACACAAGGAAGAUGCCAUUCUUGGGUUGGAAAAACCCCUCCCUCAAAAAGAAAAAUAAAUGGCAAACAGUGAAGGACAGUCAAAUUAUGUGACCUUGCUCAUGAAAUCCCCCUCAGUAUGCUAUUCACACUUCUUCUGUGGAAGAAUGCGACAUUCUUUGACUCCGAGUUUUUUAAAGUAAGUAACUAUAUGCCAAAAUGCAGCCCCAAAAGCAAAACAUAACCUGGGCAGAUUGUUAAUUGAAACUGUUAAUCAGGCUAAAGAGUCGUUGAAAUCUGCAUACUGUGUUCAUUCUUAUAUAAAUAUACUAAAAUCCACCUUUACUGCUUGUGGGUGUCAGUACAGCAGCAGAAAUUGAAGGGGGGGGGAUAAUUUAGCAGCUAUGCAAUUUUUUUAAAAAAAGAUCAUGGGGAAAUAAGAGUUACCAUCUUAAGUGCUGCCAGUUAAGGUAAUUAUAACGGGUAUUUUUUUUAAUGUUUCAGGUAGUUAUUUUCUUAUAAUACUUUACUCUUCAGACUGUGUAGCCACAAAAAUGGGCAAAGCGGUAUGAUUCCUGAAGUUUUCAUGAGGACGAUGGGACCUUGGUUGAUUUGUAUUUUGUUUUUAAAUCAAAAGUUGUUUCAGUAACAGAUCGUACUACUUUGCAUCUAACACAGUUGGUCAGGUGAUAUUCUACGUCCAGUGGCUCAUAAUUCAUACUGAUAUGGGUUUAAGCAUCUCUAGCUGGGAAGAGAUUUGACUCUGUCUUCAGUCAUUUACUGUGCUGUUGUAGCUUAAUAUGAAUUUUAAAUUGAGGUAUCUGGGAUUGGGGGGGAGGGAUGAGGCUCAUUAAGAAAAAUUGUGAGUUUAAUAUAUUUGUUUUCACAAGGAAAUAGGGGCUGUUUGGAAUUUAUUAAAGUACCUUAUGAAGUUUAUACUAAGGUGAAAACAUAUUGAAUAAAGGUGACUGAAAAUUUUAAAAUGUUUAAAUAGAAGAAAUAAGCUGUAUGUCACAUUAUUUUUAUGAUCCUUUACCUUUCUGACUUGACUUGACGUCAAGAUGUAUUUUUUUCUCCUCUCUUCUUAUCUAUUAACUUGCAGUGAUGCAGGUAGAGGCACUUGGUGCAUUUACCUUGUCAUAAACGCAUGCCUCUGCAGGCACUCAGUGCCCUGGUGCUCAUCUGAACUCAUGAUGAAUCCCAGGCUGAGUCCGCAGCCCACCAAGGACUUCAGUCGGUAGCUAAACCAGUAUCAGCUGCUUGCAGUGAUGUGGGUGUUCUGGGAAAAUUUCCAGAAAAUUUUCUGAUCCAAGUUUAAAUAAAUAAUUUAUUUAACAUGAGCAAGAUUUAGAUAAUGUUAGCAAAAAAAGGCAAAUACAACAUGCAUUAGUGUGAAUCAUGUAUAAGCACUGGCUUUGCUCAUGCUUCAUGUCCCACAUUUAGCCCACUUAACAAGAUUGAUUUGCAACACAACAGCCGACAACUAUAGAUAAAUUAUAUUUAUAUAUGUGAGUUGGGAAAUUUUCCACAAAAAAAUUUUCUGCUCCCCAUCCAGUGACUUAUGUGUCCAGUUCUGUAGUUAAGAGUCAUAGCUGACUUCAGGAAGACUAAUAGCCACUUUCUGUAUCACUCUGACCGUAUUCAACAUGCUGUUGUUGACAGAAAUAGAGGCUUGGAAAACGCGGGUUUUCCAAUCUACACAGGACAAAGAGCGGAUAUAUGCAGAGAAGAAGCAGGAAGGGGCUAUUUUCUUUUGCAAUUUUUCUCAUGCCUCCAGCACCUGUUAAUUUUCCCUGUUUGAUUUGAAAAAGCUAGUCAGAACCAGGCUUAGGGUAACCAGCCAGCAAGAAGAUUGCACAGGAAAAAAAGAAAAACAGUGGGUUGAUAAAGAGCAAACCCCCCCCCCCCACCAAUCUUUAUAUGUCAGAGACAAACUGAAGAUGGGCAACAAACAGGGAUCCCUCAACGCCUGUCCUCUGAAAGACAGCAACAUAGCGGUUUCUGAUAGGCAAGCCUUGGUUCUAGGCUUUAAUGAGUACAGAAAAGUAGUGCAAGGUUUUAUUAGGCAGCUACAUAGUAUGAUCAUAUUUCUAUUGUUAUAAUUUAAAUUCUUUGUCUACCAACAGUAAAGGCUUGCAGUAACACUGGCUUUAAAUUUUGCAGUUGUACUUUGAAACAUCACACACACACUUUUCUGUAAUAUUCCCUCCUGUGAGUUUAAAUAAUCUCUGCUGCAUCAGCUGGGAUUCCAUAAUUUUACAAGAAGAACUAUUGAGAUAUUUUGUGCUGAGGCAGGGAAAUUUUAAGCAAACAAAAUUUGAAUGGGCUUGACUCUAUACUAACCUUUCAGACUUUCUCAAAUACCUGUUUUAACGUCUUACACAAACAUCUAAAAAUACCUAAAAAUGUGAAGUGUUAAUGUGAGAGACACAACAUCGCAAAAGGAGGCAGUGAGUUUCCUUGAAGAACAGAGUAUAAAAAUGCCUGAUAAAUAAUAACUCAGCACACCCGAAUUGGUUAUGGUUCUCUGUCAAGUGUACAGGCAACCUGGUUUUCAUCCCAAGUAAUGUGAAAAAUGGCUCUGAAAUAAAAAUAGGGUUCUCAGUUGGAUCUUUUGUGGCCAAUUCAAAAUCUUUCAAGGAACUGCAAAGCACUCUUAUCAUCUGAGAACUCGAAAGCUUUUUCCUCAUUUACAUUCAUCUGCUAGUAAAAGCAGAUGUAUUCAGUGAGGCUCGUUAAUAUUGCUUGCUUGUUCUAAUACAUUUUUUUUAAAAUCAGAAGUCCACCUCUAAUGUCUCCCCUGCCCCCCAUACUUGUGUCCUUAUCUGCAUUUGAGCCAGAGUGGGAAUUUCCCAACACUGUUCUACGUUUUGCUUUAUGAUGCAAAUGUGCUGGUAUGGAAAUUCCCCACUUCAUUGUUGCCAAUGAGUUAAUCUCAGUGCUGAUCUUGGUAGCAUACCUUGCUAUUUAUACUUCCUCGUCUCAGACUUUAAGCCUCAAAUCUUUCCUUCUUCCUUCCUCCUCCUAACCCAUCUCACUGUACAGUCUGAACUUCUUUCUACUCUUCCUUUUUCCAAUCAACUCUCUUGUUGACCUCAGCAAUUCAUUGCACAGUCCUUGACAGAAGAGGCGUUUCCCCCCAUAACUUAAGCAGUGGCUAUUCCUUGGUGUCGAAUAGGGCUGACUCUAGUUUCUGAUCCAGCCCUGGGCAAAGAAAUGCAGAACAAAAUGCUUAAAACUGUAGCUAGGUUGUCUUUUUAUUAUUUAUUAUUAGGUAUAGCGGCUGCACCAUGUUCUGCUGGAUAUAUUGAAAAGAGAGAAGUGCUUUGUUCUAAAAUAGCUCAAUGGUGAAGCCAAACUCUGGUGUAUAGAAGCAGAAUGGGAAAAGCCCAUCUCUUACGUUGUUGUUCCUCAAAAUUGUUCAGACUACCCGGUGGUGUUCUAUAGAGAGAACCCUGUCUGUUAGUAGAUCCAGAGGAGUUAGCCAUGUUAGUCUGUAGUUACAAAAUAGUAAAGGGUCCAAUAGCACCUUUAAGACUAACCAACUUUAUUGUAGCAUAAGCUUUCGAGGACCACAGCUCUCUUCAUCAGAUGCAUCUGACGAAGAGAGCUGCUACAAUAAAGUUGGUUAGUCUUAAAGGUGCUACUGGACCCUUUACAGUCUGUUAGUGCCACAUUUGUUCAAAUGUAAUAUUAAGCAAACCCAGAGUUGUGCUUGCAACAUUUGUUUGGCUUGGUUUUAGUAGCGCUUUUAUGUUUACAAUGAAUGGCCAGAAAGCCUAUUCCCUAUUUUUAAAAAAGGCUUCGUGAAUCAUUUGCAGUGUUUGCCUUUGGCAACCUUCAGUCUGCGUUUUCAUGCACCUAUGGCAGUUCUUGUGUUCUUUGGUUAUUGCCUAUCAAGGAUUUUCCUUUCUGACCUAGGGCUGCAAGGCUUUAAAGUGGUAGCUUAAUGAACUAAAGUGAUCGCUGAUGGAUCAUUAGGAGCCAAUAUUAUCCAUUAGUGGAAAUUGUAUCUAUCAGUACAUUUUCAUCCUACUGUUCCUCAAAGGAGCUGAUGGAUCCAUAUGUGAUUCUUUCCUCUAUUUCCCCCUUGUUACACUCUGAGGUAGCCUGGGAGGGGAGGCUGGUCACCCAGUGAGUUUCAUGGCUGAGUGAGGAUUUGAACCAGAGUUUCCCAGCACUUGAUCUGCUGCACCACACAGACUAUCGAUUUUCAUUGGUGACACUGAGUCUUAAAUGGUACGUUUUUUAAAAGCAACUUUGGUUCUGGAGUGUGCCAUAAUAGAAAACGAAGGUUGGGUUUUCUGCUGCUGAUGACUUAAUAAAUUGUAAAUUACCUUGUACUUUUACAUCUCUAAAUACCUGUAUUGAAGUUUUUAUAAUAUAAAAAUUUAUUUCAAUCCAGAAAUCCAUCAGAAGCCAUAUUAUUGACUAGUCUCUUGAUAGACCUAAACCUUGCACAUUGCAAUUAUGUAGUCAACCAUUAACCUCCCCUUUCCCCUUAAAACUCAUUUCAUUAUGUCUUAGGCGUCAGUAGUGGCAGAGUAUUUUUUUUUUCAUGAAAACUGUAAACAGGAUUCCUGGAUUUAUGGUGUAUUGAAUGGUACCCCACAGUACUACUGCAAUGGUUUUCAGAUUUCCCGUAGUCAAAUAAUCCUUUUUGCAUUGGCUUUUCUGCUGGAGAGUCCUUGCGUGUUGCAGAGGAUCUUGGCAAGUAUCAAAUCAUAUGGAAUGGUUUAGGGCCGCUUUAUGGGUGAACAGAGUGCAGGCUUUGUGACAGAGGAAUUCUUAAGCAGGGCAAGAGAGGCAGUAACCAUUAUUGAUCUUCUAACUGAGGAAACUUCAGACGGGCUUCUGAAAUGGAGGAAACUUCAGCAGCCUGAAAACCACUGGUCUGAUGUGUGUACUUCCAUAUGUUCUAAACAAGAUCAUUUCAGCUACAUUUUAAUGUUUUACUGCCUUAAUAAAAUACCAUUGUAGUUUGAAGAAUGGGGAGGCACAGUUCAGGUUUUUAAAGGAACAUGUGUAGAAUUAAGCUAAUUGUGAGUUGCUAACCAUAGUUUUUAUUAACAAGCAGUGAUUUGGGAGUGCUGUCCAAGAUGGUUGGCUCCUUGGACCAUUCAAUACCCCUCAACUGGAUAGAAAUGACCAAUUCUAAGACAUGAGCAUGGGUCAACCUACAGGAAAUGCUGUUGGAGAUAGUUGUGACAGGCAAGAAGUCUUCCUUUGUUUCCCUGCUGAUAUACAAGAAUGUAAUUAGCAACGUUUAAUGUAAAACAUGCUUGUACAUUUUUUUUAAAUAGAGUGAUACGACUGAGAAAAUGACUUGAGAUUUUUUAAGGUACAUCUUGUUUGGUCUGCCAGUAUACAAUCAAACAAUUUUUUUUACUGAUCUGGGUUGUAUGUUUUAACAUUCCAUUUGUGUAAAAUAUGUACAAAGACAUGUUAAUAAAUCUUUUGAAGCACACUUUCCAUCAUGA